AUGGUCACACAGCAUGGGGGUCCGCCCCUGGACGAUUCGACCUCCGGUGAUGAUGUCGUUCAACGCCGUCGUGUCCCUCCGCCACGUCUAAACUUGGACAACAAUAAUAGUAACACUAGUGAUUCAUAUGAUCGCCACCACAAAAGUCCAGUGUCCCCCACGUCUCCUUCCAACCCGACCAAGUACAUUCCUUACAGUCCUCGUCUGGCCCGGCCCAACUUGGAUCAGCUUUCCUACAACACCGAUACCUCCUUUCAGAACAGCCCGUCGCGCAAUGAAGAACCCUUAUUUCACCCGCAUGUAUCAGAUCCCAUGUCCUCUCGCCACGACGUACUAGUUGCCAGCUCCCCCCCGACAAAGACUCCGAAUCGAACUAGCUCUCAGGAUGAGGAAGAACAAGAAGCCGCCUGGCCAUUACCCAUGACUGACACUGCGCAAAGCAUCAACUCCGUGCCUAGGAUGCGGUCAGCUCGAACUGGCUUGCGCAUAUCCAUGUCCACUUCUUCUCUAAACGGCAGACGUCGCUCGCCUCUCCUUGAUCGCCAGUAUUCAGAUAUGAACGCCAACAACAGGCCGUUGCCCCGAUUUCCCCCUCGUACUACGCCUGAUUUCUUGCAGUAUAACGAUCCGCUACGUUCAAGUCAGACUUCGGGCCAAACAUCGUACUCGAGCUUCGAACAGAUGAGCGGUACAGAACGUAGCAGCAUUUUGACCAAAAGUAGCUCCAUCACGGACAUGUCGCCGGAUACCCCGAACGGGUAUUUUGGCGAAGAUGAAGACAUGACUGUUGAAGAUGCCAUCGGCAUGUAUCUCGACGAUAUCGUCGACGUCCCGGAAGACUCGGCAUCUGCUCAUUCUCUAUCACUCGGGGGUGAGCUGCAGGCCAACGCGGAGAAUAUAUAUUCGCCUACCAAACACACAUCUGGCACCUCGCUAACUCCUGGGCCCGAAGAUCCUGCAAUGGAACCUCAAGAACCAGCAUCUGAACAAAGACAGAGUGGAUUCAGUUUCACAAAUGACCAUCGAACGUACGAGGUACCGGCGGAAGGCGAGAAGACGGUCGAGGGACCAAAUGAACAAAACGAAAAUCACGAGGAGGUUAAACCAUCGCGACUCAGUGCAGAACCGGCGGAGUCGGUAGGUAACGAAAUCGCCUCGCCCAAAUCGAAAGUAUCCAGGCAACUGUCCCCUCCAAACCUCUCCAUCGAUACCUCGGCGGCCGUUGAAAUGGAUACAACGAAAGCCGCAAAUCAGCCAAUCCCUAGCCCGCGUUAUUCAACCAUAGUACGAGUUGCAGGAAAAGUACCUCCUUCAUUUCUUCCGGGUGAUGACGACCGCGAUCGCUAUGGCUUUCGCAAAGCCACUCACCACGUUUCACGUGAGCAGUUCGAAGCUUGGAACAAACCGUAUGCCGCAUUGGCUGAGAGUCGGCGGCUCAAAUGGAUCAAAUUGAUGGAGUCUUCUGGGUUGCCGACCGAGAACCCUGUCACGUUCCCUCCUAAGUCUAAUGCAAUCAAGAGAUUUGUUCGGAAAGGUAUCCCAAGCGAAUACCGAGGUGCCGCCUGGUUCUACUAUGCUGGGGGCUAUCAGCACAUGCAUCCGAAACCUGGGCACUACGCGAGCCUAGUGCACCAGGCCAUGUCUUCACCUAUCAACACCGAUAAAGAGCAUAUUGAACGCGAUCUUUAUCGAACGUUUCCUGAUAACGUUCAUUUCAAACCCGAGAUGUCGGCUGAAGGCGGCGGUGAUAAUGCAGAGAGCAACAUCCCCAAGCAUAGCUCAGUUAUUGUCGAGACUCAAAUGAUCAGGUCACUCAGACGGGUGCUCUAUGCCUUUGCGCUUCACAAUCCACGUAUUGGCUACACACAAUCACUGAAUUUCAUCACUGGGAUGCUGCUGCUUUUCUUGCCAGAAGAAAAAGCUUUCUGGAUGCUUCAUAUCAUAACCUCUGAGUUGUUUCCGGGUACGCAUGAGAUUAGCCUUGAAGGCGCCAAUGUAGACAUGUGGAUCUUGAUGGUCCUUUUGAGAGACAACCUACCAGGUGUAUACACCAAAUUGGUCACAAUUACGCCAACAACGUCAAAAGGCAAGGCUCCGGCAUUAACUGUCAAUAUGCGACUACCUGACAUCACACUUGGACUCACCAACUGGCUUAUGUCGAUGUUUAUUGGCAGCUUGCCGUUAGAAACGACACUGCGAGUGUGGGACUGCUUCUUUUACGAGGGGUCUAAGACGUUCUUUCGGGUUGCGUUGGGAAUCUUCAAGGCUGGCGAACGGGAGAUUCUUUCGGUAUCGGAUCCAAUGGAAGUCUUCCAAAUUGUUCAAACCAUUCCGAAAAAGCUGCUCGAUGCCAACGCACUAUUGGAUGAGAGUUUGAGUCGGAAAUACCGUAUGGGCCAAGGGCGCAUCGAUGCGUUACGUGAUCAGCGGAGAGAAGCCGUUCGUCAGGAAAAGACGCGGUUGUCACUGUUUACAAGCAAGGGCUUAGGGCUGGAUCGGCCAGCCACACGGACCGGAGCCAGAAGCCCGCUUCCUCGUCUAGAUGGAUGGCGUGCUAUCAAAAAGAAUACAUUCAACUAG